GACGAGCGGUAUAUAAGACAAGCGAAAUUCACCUUUCGAGCAUCAAGCAAACUCACAUACCCUUCACACAUCCAUCGCCCCAACUCUCCCACUUGCAACUACCAACAUGUCUGGCUCGAACGACAACAGCAACAACAAUAACACUGGCAACGGUGAGCCUAACAAGACCACCGGACAGUACCACUCCCUGAAGGGAACUGUGGUGGAGACGGUCGGCGAUCUCACCGGUGCUCAGUCCUGGAGGCAAUCCGGGAAGGAAGAGCACGCGCAGGGCGAGGCCGAGUACCAGGCCGCCCAGGCGAAGCAAUACGCAGAGGGCACCAUCGACCGCCUCAGCGGAAAGAAGGAUGCUGUUGUCGGCGCGAUCACCGGUGACCGCCAGCAGGAAAUUUCUGGCAACCUCCGCCACGAUCAAGGCCAGGCGCAACAACAGUUCAACGACCCGACUGCAUGAGCAGUCACUUGCGCAUCGAUACCCUCUCGGGCCGUAUGAUAUAAACGGACGUUAGUAUUAUGAUUGAUGUAUCAUCGCAACUCAUUAUGGCACGGCUGUCCAACAUGAGACAACCGAUCGAAUACCAAUGUCUCCGUCGCAAUUGAUGGUGCACUCGCAA